UCCCGGUGGGGAGGGAUGAGGAGUACUGCUCCUCCGGAGCCCACAGAGCCCCGCCCCUUCACCUGUGCCUUACUCUCCUCCUGCCCACCACCUUUUCAGUGCAGGGUCGGUCUUAAGAACUCCACAUCUGCUGUUCCUCCCUGGUUUUCAAGUUUCCUUGCAGUGUGAAGACUUUAUUUAUUUUUGCCAAAGCAGACACAAUAAAAGCCACAGCUCAGCUCUUGCCUUCCACACUUCUGCAUGAUACUCUUUCUUGCCUCUGACUAGGUCAGUGGACAGAGCUUCCUCUCAGUUGAUCAGUGUCUUCAGUAUCUAACAGUUGGGCCUCACAGGGCUGCUUUGAGACCAGGCAGCUGGGGACCCUCUCCUAAGGUCAGCCCUUUGACAGGGACACAUGUACGCCACUCUGUUUUCUCUGAGGCUUGCUGACUCUUUCUUGAGCACUGUUUCAAGGUCCAGCUGAUAUGUUUGGGACUUUGAGAUCCUUAGUGUAAUAGAAACUAAAAUGUUGGGUUGGAGUAGCUCCGCUGAACACCUGUCCAGCACGCACCAGGCCCAGGUUCCUUCUCAAGCAGUAGGGGAAAAAAAUGUUUACAAAAGGUGUCACCCACACAUACGAUCCACAUGGUGACACAGUGAGGGUGUGGAGCUGACAUCAGGGCUGGAUCCCUGUGAAGGGUGAAGCUUCUAGAACUGAGGCUUGGGGACAAGGGAAGAUCAGUCCCUGACCCACACAGGGCGUCCUGCCAGAACUUUGUGCUUGGCUCUUCCUUCUUGGUUGUCACAUUCCUCGUUGCCAGCACCUACCAGAGCCAAGCCUUGCUCCUAUGGCCAGCCCUGGGCAGCCUGGGGCUGCAGAAGGCCAGGAGGAAGAGGAGACAAAGGGGGUCUCAGCAGGGCAUCGUGCAGAGGUGCUGCGACAGGCCCAGGAGCUCUUUCUGCUGUGUGACAAGGACGCCAAGGGCUUCAUCACUCAGCAAGAUUUGCAGGGUCUGCAGAGUGAUCUUCCCCUUACACCUGAGCAGCUGGAGGCUGUGUUUGAGAGUCUGGACCAGGCCCACACUGGCUUCCUCACAGCCCGGGAGUUCUGCCUAGGCCUGGGGAAGUUUGUGGGGGUGGAGUCGGCCCAAGGUGGGUCCCCCUUGAGGACUCCUGAGGAAACCUUUGAGUCUGGCAGUGGGGGCUCUCUGGAGGAGGAGGACGAUGUUGAGACUUUCUGCACUUCCUUGGAGAAGCUGGGAGUGGCCCGGGUCCUGGGAGAGCAAUGGGCUGUGAGGACACUCUGGGUCGGGCUGCAGCGCGAGCGACCCGAACUGUUGGGCUCUCUGGAGGAAGUUCUGAUACGCGCGUCCGCCUGCCUGGAGGCGGCGGCCCGGGAGCGGGACUGUCUUGAGCAGGCGCUGCGGCGGCGGGAGAGUGAGCACGAGAGGGAAGUGCGCGGACUGUAUGAAGAACUGGAGCAGCAGCUAGGGGAGCAGCGACACCGACACCACAGACAGAGCCAGAACCUACCCCGGGAGGAACAGAGGGGCCACCUGGAGCUGGAGCUGCUGUCCCGAGAGCAGGAGUUGGAGCUCGCAAGUCUGAGGCAGCGGCAGCUGGAACAGCAGCUGCAGGCCCGGGCUGCAGAACAGCUAGAGGCACAGGCCCAGCACACCCAACUGCAGAGAGCCUAUGAGGCCGUUCGGGCACAGCUAGACCAGGCACAAGAGCUGCUCAGCCGACUGGAGGGCGAAGCACAGGGUCGUCAGAAGCAAACCCAAAGAGAUGUGGUUGCUGUCUCCAGAAAUAUGCAGAAAGAGAAACUCAGCCUCCUAAGGCAGCUGGAGCUAUUGAGGGAGCUGAAUCUGCGGCUUCGGGAUGAAAGGGAUGCCUGUGAGACCAAGCUGUUGGGUGGUAGCCACAGGAAGGCUCUAGCUCUUCCCCAGAAACCUGGGCCCACCUACUGCUGCUGCUGCUGUGCCUGGGCUCGGCCCCCCAGGCGAGGUUCUGGCCAGCUUCCCAGUGCCCGAUGACCAGCCCCAGAUGACCCACUGGGCUUUCCUUAUCAAGAGGAACUACUCCUAGAAGGGGACAGGUCUUGGGUGGUGGUUGCUUGCAAGGAUGUGGCCCUCCCUACCCAGAAAGCAUCACCUGCCCGAAGGAGUUAACCUCAGAGUG